AUGGCAUUGCUUCCAAGCUUUUUCGUACUAAAAUCAGGUGAGAAAUAUUUGAGCGUGAGAGAAAACGAGUCAGAAAGCAGUAACCUACCACCAGGGUUCUUGAAAUUCAAUGAAGAAGAAAUUUGGAGUCCCCGAGUCAAGUUUGCGGUUGAGCCAGCAGAAACUGGAGGUGGUGCAUUGGUGCACAUCAGAUCAUGUUACAACAACAAGUAUUUGGUGAUGGAACAAUUCCGUAACAAUUUAUGGAUUGUUGCUUCUGCCAAAAAGACCGAGGAAGACCGAACAAAAGCAUCAUGCACCUUGUUCGAGCCUCAUUCCUUGUCAGAACUAACAAGUAUCCGUUUACGCCAUGCUCAGACCCGGGUCUAUGCAACCCACAUGUUGAGCCCUGAUGGUGACACCCAGCAAGGCAUGCUAAUAUCCUCUAGUAGUGUCGGAUCUGCUUUUCGUGCAAUUGAUUCGAAGAGUGUGACAGUGCUUCCCUCAAUAGUCUCAUUCAAAAAAGACGAUAAAGCAGCAAAAUACCUCUGCUCCCGUAAAAUUAGAAGUCUUCCAUGGCAGGCUGGGGCUAACGCCAACUGGAUAUGGGCUGAUGCCGGACCUGACAAUUACUCUAAUGAAACCUUGUUUUCCGUUAUCAAAUUAGACGACAAUGUCAUCGCUCUUAAAAACUUGGAGAAUAACUCCCUCUGUGGUCCACUAUCCGCGGAGAACGAAUCAAAUUGUAUGAACGCCCAUUAUCCUACUUUGACAAACCAGACAAGGCUGGUUAUAGAAGAGGUCAUCCUUCAGAGGACGAUCUCAAAACUCAAAUACCGGCUAUCCAACUCCAGGAUAUAUGGGGAGCACAUCAUAGAAUGCGACCAUGCUUUUGCAACCAACGACAGCCCAGACGAAAAGACCACUGUAUGUGUCAAUUUUUCCUUUACUAAUUCCAAAACCAGUAGCUGGAGUAAUGCCUUGUCAAUAAAAUGUGGUUCAAAGAUAGGAUUCGAAAUAGAGAAAAUACCAUGUAUUGUGUCUGGGAAGGUCGAAUUGUCAAAUGAAGUUGGUAAUACUAAUGUGUGGGGAGGCUCUGUGGUAGACACGUGUACAAGAGGAUCGACCUACAGUGUUCCAGUUCCAAAAUUAACAACAAUGAAGGUGACGAUGUUGUGUACAAAGGCUUCUUGUGAUGUCCCUUUCUCAUACACUCAGACUGACCUUCUUCCUUCUGGUAUGACGGUUUCCACUCGCAAAGAUGACGGCCUCUUCACUGGCAUAAACUCCUAUAACGUUCAUUAUAAAUCCAAGGUGGUUCCAAAUUAA